CAACAGGGGGUACAUCCCUAACAUGGCACCCUCCCAACACCCAAGUCUGCGGCUCCCUUCCACCCCAUCGCAGACGCUCCGCAGAACUUACACCGCAUCUCACAACCGACCAUACCUCACAACACUGUCGCGGGAGCCGCACUCUCUCACCCUCACCAAGCCUUCGGAGAUGAACACCCCGGUCCUCCUCCGUCGCCUCCCACACCAGACGCCGCGAUCCUUCACCGCAUCAUCCCUGUUCCUUAGAGCAUCGUCGUCGGGGCUAGCAGCACUUCCCAGGCCCAUUCAGCAGCAACAACGUCGCCGCCAUCAGCGAACCAUGUCGACGACGUCCGCCGCUCCGGCACGGGCCGUAGCCCGGUUCUCCAAGGGCUCCGACGAGGCCUCGCUGUCCUCGACGCUGGAGACGUUGCUGGGAGGCGGUCGUUGGGCGCUGGUGAACGAUGGGGAGGCAGUAGAGAGGAGUUUCAAGUUUAAGAACUUUGCAAAGACGUGGGACUUCAUGACGGCCGUGAGCCUGCAGUGCAAAACUCACAACCACCACCCCGAGUGGUCCAACGUCUACAAUACAACCUUCAUCCGUUGGACGACCCACAAUCCGAAGGGCUUGUCGGACAAGGAUCUCAAGCUUGCCAUGAUCUGCGACGCCUUAGCCAAAGACUUCGGCGAGGUCGAAGCGCCCCCGGCCGCCGAGGCCGCCGAAGGGGACGCGGCCGUGAGCUGUGGCAUCCGGGGCUUGGCCGACAAGGCCGCGGGGACGGCGGGAGACUGCUGUGCGCCCAAGAAGUGAGGUGAGAGGUGAGAGGCUCCGGUUGCCGCCUCGCGAGGCCGUGUCUGACUUCAGGGCCGAAGUUCGUCUGGUCUUCUUAGAGUCAAGAGUGUGGAUGUGAAUAAUCGGAGCCAAAGGCCCAGGUUGGGACACAAUAUUCAUGUAACAUACUGUACACAUACCCACAAGGAACGAAUC